GAUAAGGUGCCUGCGGUCGAGGGGCGGUGACGGUUGCAGCAAGGAGUGCUCAGGCACUCCCUCCCUUCAUUUGUCGCAACACACGCCUGGACAUCCCUCCUGUUUUAUUUGUGCAUCGAAAUCCACGUACUGCGCUCCUAUCCGUCUAGUCAGAACUAAUUUCCACAGGUCUCUCCGUCAUCCUCGUCCGUCGCUGAGCAGCAAGGAUGGCCGACGUCAAAGUUUACGAUUCUCCUCCUCCAUACAGCGCCCCCCCGCCAAUGGAAGUUCCUCAAUCCGGGAUGGUGAAUGUGGCGGUGAUAGAACAAUCGUACGCCACACAGCCUUGUGCGCCGGCUGCUCAGUUAGUGGUCAUAGGCGCUCUCUGUCCCGUCUGCAAGGUGGGCAUUCUGCAGGAAGAGUUCACAGGGUGUGGCAUCUGUUUGGGCAUCUUCUUCUUCCCGCUGGGACUCCUCUGCUGCCUGCUGAUGCGGGAGCGUCGCUGCAACCACUGCCGCGCCUCAUUCUCAUGAGGGAGAGGAAGCUGACCUGCACGAGUGACGCCAGCGGAGAGACGUUUGAGGCGUCGGAAAGAAAAUGAGUCGUCACCUUAACAGAAAGGGCAAGAAAACCAUAGAAAAAUUUCAUCUACGUAUAUUUUAAUAUUUUUUUUGUUAAUUAUGUCGGUUUACUUGAACGCUUUGCUCUCUCAUGAGAACUAUUUUCGAAGACAUUGCAGAUAAUUAGUCAGGUUUUUGUGUUUCAAUAAGUGCAUUAGCGAAAAAUCAUGAUGUAUGGAAUGCACAUUGCAACUGCUUUUGCCUUGGUGUAUUGAGAUAGACACACUUGUAACUCCUCGUAUGAACAUAAGAACUUAAUGGAAGCUGCAGGAAGCCAGCAGGCAUACACGUGUCCUUCCCUGUAUAAAGCAUGUAAACCUAUAUCCACAUAUGACUGGUAUCAUAAACUGAUCUCCUAUUAAAAGCCUUCAUGCCAGUCUGUUGAAACACUGAUAUACAGCCAUGAUAUAGCCAUGCGUGACCUUCGUUGUGCCAAGGAUCAAACCCCCUGACCAGGAGAACAGAAAGACAACGCCUUAGACCACAACGAUUGUCAGGCUCUGAUAUAAUUUUGGGACUUUGGUACUCCCGGUCACUACAAACCUCCUUAUUGACCUUCACUGGAGACGUGAUCCCUGAGUCUAUUCCAGUCAUCUACCAAGCUGCUUGUGAACCAGUUUCUUGCCAUCCAUGGUCUUGCGGGUCACUUCGUUCUGAAGCAUCACAGUAUCAAGAAAGCUUGGAGGGACGAUUUAAAAGUAACUAAUAUCGGAAUUCACACACAUGAUAACUUUAUCCUGGUUAACUGAUUAUUUUAUUAUAUAAGUGAGUUUACUUACUAUAUGAAUAUAUCCACAGUAAAUGAAAAGGCAUCAAUGUAGGAUAAGAAUGAUGUGUUUGUGAUGUGAGGGAAUCUUUAUUCUUAAACAUAUAUUACGUUGAAUUAUUUUGAGUUGCACAGAUAGAUAGAUAGGGUGAUUGAUAGGUAGAUAGAUAGAUAGAUAGGUACAUACAUACAUACAUACAUACAUACAUAAAUUGAUUGGUUGUAUGAUAGAUAGGUAGAUGAAAAGAUAGACAGAUAUUAACCCCAAAAAAUAUACGGUGCUAAAUGGUCCAGAAAAUAAGGUACAAAGAAAAUAAAGUCUGCCAAUAAUAAACAUAACUAAAGACACAGUGAUCACACACACACACACACACACACACACACACACACUUUAGCAGCGACCUCAAGAAUUUAAUGUCCGCUAAACAAGCUAGAGUCCUGCUCCUCCUACACGCAAGGAUGCUUCAGUUCAUUCAGAAGAUUCAGAACUUGUUCGUUUUCAUUUCCUAACAACAAACUCGAAAUGUUUAGAGCGCUAGUGUCUCUUGCCUUUACCACCUGUGUGUAAAAAGAUAAUAAUAAAUAAGGGAUAAUA